UUUGUUAUAUGUAAGAAAUAAUAUUAUAUUGUAUUACAUUAUAUUUUAUAACACAUAAUUUUAGCUUGUUUAGAUGGACUUUUAGCCAAGAUCUGAACAUGGGAUUUCAUGGUGUUGCACUGAACCUGCUCACAAACCUGAGGUGGACAGCAAAUGGGAUCAUCCCUCCACCCACCAUGGGUUGGUAUAUGUUUCCAUUUCUCUAUGGGCCUAUUGAAAUAUCUCCUUCCUACUUCCUCCAAAGGACAGCCUUUUCUGCCUCAGGCAGAAAUAGAAAUAUAGACCACGAUGAUGGAGACUUACCAGCUGUGCACAAGAAGCUGCCAUCCAGUGCUGGAGAGGACCGAGCCUUGCUGCUGGGCUUUGCAAUGAUGGGCUUCUCAGUCCUCAUGUUCUUCUUGCUUGGAAUUACCAUUCUAAAGCCUUUCAUGCUCAGCAUUCAGAGAGAAGAGUCGAACUGUACUACCAUCCACACUCAUAUCACGGACGACUGGAUGGACUGCGCUUUCCCCUGUGGUGUAGGCUGCCGAGGCCGGGGCGAGUACCCAUGUCUUCAGGUGUUUGUGAACGUCACCCAUUCAGGUCAGAAAGCUCUCCUACAUUAUAAUGAAGAGGCUGUCCAGAUAAAUUCCAAGUGCUUUUACACACCCAAGUGCCACCGAGAUAGGAAUGAUUUGCUCAACAGUGUGCUGGACAUAAAGGAAUUCUUUGAUCACAAAAACGGGACUCCCUUUUCAUGCUUCUACAGUCCAGACAGCCAAUCUGAAGAUGUCAUUCUCAUAAAAAAGUACGACCAGAUGGUUAUCUUUCACUGUUUAUUUUGGCCUUCACUGACUCUGCUAGGGGGUGCCCUGAUUGUUGGCAUGGUGAGAUUAACACAGUACCUGUCCCUGCUGUGUGAAAAAUACAGCGCUGCACUCAGAGAUGAGGUAGGUGGCAAAGUACCUUAUAUGGAACAGCAUUGAUUCAAACUGUGGAGUGUGGGGAGGGACAAAGAAAGGGGCAGAAAGAUCUUAAGACAGUGGCCAGAUUAAAGUCCUGGCCUUCAGAUAACCUGCAAUUUUUUCACCUGUGGACCUAAUGACGCCUGCUUGCAAACUAACCACGCAGAGGCAAUUCAAACGAAGUACAUUUCUUUUGGGAAACAUUUUAAAAAAGCCUCACUAUGUAUUCCAUUUAUUCUGUGAAUACAUACAAACUCACCAUCUUUUUUCUACCCCACAUUUCUUUCCACAUGAGCUAAGGAAGUGCUUUUUGUCUCCACAUGGCGAAAUGAGCUCACAGUAGCUGUGCUUUAUCUAAUUUCAGCUCUAGCCGAACUUGUCCGCGUGGAAGUAAAUGAUGGAGGGUAUCUAACCUAUUGAGUACUGAACAGCCAGCCUAGGUCUAUGCAACACAGUUUACAUCAAAACAUUUCCCAAAAAAGUGCUUAGUGAAGAACAGGUCAUUCACUGUUAGGAAGAUAAUAAUCUGGUAAUUUCAAAAAAAAUGUGGGCCAUUUUGCUUCACCAUUCAUGAUAAAGGAAAGCUGCUCCUAGCAAAUGGCACUGAGUUUAGAGUUCUCUGUACUUAACCUUGCCAUGUACCAUGUAAUUUUUCUUUCAGCAACAUUCUCCUAGUUAAUUAUGCUUUCCAUAAGCUCAUUUUCUUCUUUGUGCACAUUCUGGUGGGGGUGGGAGAGAUGGCCAGAAACGUGAAGUAGGGAGAAGCUGUAUUGGAUGGAAUUUAACAUUCAUCUCAGAUAAUCUGCAAUUGUAGAAAAGUCCCACGUGGACAGUCAGCAAACAUCUGUACUUUAAUGACUCAACCCUGGUUAUUAACUAAUGAAUGUCACAAGGCUCUCCCAACAAGUGCUUUCCAGAGUAAGCUGAAUUGGGAAUUGAAAACAUGUAUUUGUUCUGAAAACCAAUGUGCCUCAAAGUAUCUCUUCAAUUUUACUAAAAAAGUUUUACAUCAUGGUCCACAGAAAGAAUGAGACUUUGAAGCAACUUUUAUAUGCAGAUGUAAUUAAAACAGAAAUUUUGAUUCCAAGUAAAUAUUAUGCCUUUUAGCAGUUUAUUUCAAAUCACAAAUUACUGAAGAGACUGAAUGAUUAAAUAGAGCAAUAUUGACUUGACAAGUAAUGAACAAUUUUGGUACUUUCUCCUCCUCCUAGUGUGGAAUAGUAGAAAACGCAUGUGUUUCAGAGGAUUUAUUUGAAUUCAUAGGUCAUAACUACAGCUUUUCAGAUACGUAUCCCCUGGAAGUUCAGCUGAACUGAAAUGAAGGUUCAAGCCUCUCUCUUCUCAUUUAUAAAAUGGGGAUAAUCUCUUCCUUCAUGGGGUUAAGGAAGAGACAAGGUAGAGUAUAUAAAACACCUUAGUUUCUUGCACCUAGUAAAAGUGCUCAAAAAAUGUUAGAUAAAUUUUUUUUUGCUAAGUUUCAAUAUUCAGUCAGCCUUAUCCCUCUUUUGGGUAUGUAUCCAAAGGAAAUGGAAUCAGUAUCUCCAAGAGACAUCUGUAUUCCCCUGUUCAUUGGAGCAUUAUUGACAAUGGGCAAGAUAUGGAAACAACCAGUGUCCAUUCACAGAUGAAUAAAUUGUGAUCUUACACACACACCCACACACACACACUGUACACACAUAUGUGAGGUGUGUAUACAUAUACACAAUGGAAUAUCAUUCAGUCUUAAAAAAGGAGAUCCUGCCAUUUGCAACGGCACAGAUAAACCCAGAGGGGAUUAUGCCAGUAAAAUAAGCCAGACGUAGAAAGGAAAAAACUGCAUUUCACUUAUAUGUGGAAUCUAAAAAUGUCAAAUACACAGAAGCAGAGAGUAAGAUAGUGAUUACUGGGGGUGUAGUCAGGUAGGGGAAAUGGGGAGAUGUUAAUUAAAAUGUACAAACUCUGUUUUAAGAUGAGGUCUAGAGAUCUCACGUACAGCACGAUUAUGGCAAGAAUACUAUAUUGAAUACUGGAAAUUUGCUAAGAAAGUAGAUUUCAGGUAGUCUCAUCACAUAGACACACAUACACACAAUGUGAGGAGAUGAUACAUUGAUUAGCUUGACUAUAAUCAUUUGCUGUACAUGAAUAUCAAAUCAUAUUGUACACCUUAAAUAUAUACAAUUCUCAUUAAAAAAUAAAAUAAAUUCAGUCAGCCUUGGUACCUUUCACUGGACAGCCGGUUAUAGGGGCUAGCAUAGGGAGCUGUAGGAGAGCAUUCCUUCCCCUUGUCUUGGCGAAAUAUAAUAUGCAUUUAAGAUUCAGAACGUGCUGCUUAAAAGGUUGCGGUAAAUUAUUUUGUAUACCAAAGACUUUCCUGAAAUAAAAUAGAUGUAGGCACACAUAUUUUAAGUCAUUCUACAAAUUGAGAUUCUAUAGAUUUCUAAAGGGCAGAUCUCUAUUCCAUUUCUUAGUAAGUUUUGACACCCAUCUAACAACGUGCAGUUCUUGGGAUUUUUCUCCUAACAAAUUCAAAACCACUCGUUUAAAGCCUAAAAAGUGUGUGAAAGUGUGAAACCUAGUGUUGCAAUUACCAGUUUUCCACUCAUACAGUGCGGCUACUUGGUUCAUCUCGUAACCUCAUCUCAGGAAAGAGGAACAUUAUGCUUGGAGAACAAAGUCCAUUUAGAAUAAUGUUAAUUCAAAGUCACGCAAACCAUUUGGCAAAGAAACAAAAUGUGAGCAAUCAUUUGCUGUUAAUUGCUUAGAAGUACAGAGUAUCAACACUCACAUGUAUGUACUGGUCCAAGUACAGACUCCCCUUUUGCAAGGUUUACGAUAACUGAAAGUAAAAUCAGUUUGCUUCUAGCCCAACCUCACUUCUAGGUUCUGGUCUUCAACUGACUUGAAAAAAAAGUCUGUCUGCAUGUACAAACACAUUCAUAUGUAUAUGUGUAUGUUUCUGCUUGAAACACAAACAUACAAUUCUUUUUGCUUAAAGGAAAUGAAUAUUCAAACAGAUAUUUCUCUAAUAUUCAUUACUGGGGCAGAAAAAUUGCUUUUAAGGCAUAAUAGUUUCAGGUUUUCAAUCAACUAUUCUUAGUUGUUACUGAUCAGAACUCAAGUUCAGCUAAAUUUUGAUUAUUAGCAACACCGGUUUGCUUGUAAGUAUUCCAAAAAAAUGGCAAAGUAUAAUUAUCACAGUUUUUUGUUUAAAAUAUGUAGUACACUAAGGACUGCUUAGACACCAGUCAUUUUUUUUUUUUUUUUUUUUUUUUUUUUAAUAAACAGCGUGAUGUUACAGACUGCAAAGUUAAAAGAAAAGCAGACAUUGACAGUUUCUGAUGAGCACAAACAGUAAGUGCAGUCACAGGCCAAACAUCUUGCUAAGAACAGCAAGACUGGGAAGAGGUCUUAAAUUUAGUGACACUGUAUUAUUCUAUAUUCUCAGUACAAUAACACAUGCAUCUUGCUGUGUCAAACCUUUUUGGGCCAUCAGUAAAAGAAUAUGUAAAAACAUUUUUCUCCUAAUGAAUGCAGUAUACCACAGGACUUCAAUUCAUUGAAUGACAAAAUAGAAAUAGAUUUGCUACAAUUAAAAGGGGCCAAAAGAGGGUGGUAGGGGCUGUUUUUUGAAGCUUCCAAAGUCAACAUUUGAUGUGCUUGUAGUCUUCUUUUGGUAAUGCCACAUUCCCCAAGACAGUAAAGCCUUAUGUUCCAAAAGGAUAUAUUCUUUUAGAUUGUAUUCAACCCAAGGAAGUCUGAGGACUGAAUCACAUCAAAACUAUCAAUUGUAUUUGACUUAGGUUCCAUAGCCAAAAGCGUUUCUAGAAACCACAUGAAGUCCAAGCUCUCCAACCACUCUUCAGAACAUAUAUUAAAUGUGAUAGGGGCUUUUUUUUUUUUUUUAAAUGAAAUUGAUAGAUCAUGACUACAUUUGUAAAUUCAUACUUGAAUUAAUAAGUUUAGUCUUAUUAAAGAUAUUUUGAGAAAAUAUAAAACAAUGAAAUUUUUCUUCCUCCUUGCUUAACCUAGGAGUAACAAAAAUAAGAAUCACCUAAAAAUAUACAUGGCUCUUAGCAUAACCACAAAAUUAUUGUAGUGACAGAUUAAAUAAGGUUUCAGAUAAGAUUUAAGACUUAACUGGCUUACAAAAUGCAUUAAGAAAACCUUUCCAUACUUACCAACAUGAAGAAUGGAGUCUACUGUUGGUAGUGAAAAUCAGUUACCUAAACUACACUAAACGUACAAUGGACUGAUCCCCUCCCCCCGCCCACCAACCGCCCCCGACCCCCUACUAAAACUCAUAUGAUCAUUGUGUAAAAAGUGAGAAAAUUUCCUUAUGGCUCAUAACUGUCACUUUAUGCUAACUAGCACGGCUGUAAUAUUAACAUGUCUAAAACUAAGGAAAAGGAACGACGCUUCACUGAUAAAAAGAAAGUGUAAAACCUUAAUCAAGUGAAAUACUUGGAUGAAAUAAGUUUAUUUAAAAACUAACAUCCCAACUCGGGAAACUCCUAAUGAAUUCUAAACACUUCUGAGCUUUAGAACCUGAUGCUUACACCUUUUAUGAACGACACUUCUUGACUAGGACUAGCGAGCAGUGUGUAGGCAAAUAGAAAUGUGUGCAGAUAUACACACACCAAUUUCACUAAUAAUAAAGAAAAGGAAGACAGCUAAUUUCGAAUGCCGAAUUCAAGAACCUAGUACCGCAAACCUUCUGGCGCUGUAGCCUUUUCCAUGGCUGGAGCAAUGAUUAAAUUUUAACCAAAUUUUUUUCUUAAUGUCUCCAAUGCCAUUAAAAACAAGGUAUGCCAACUCUGACUUUUUAUAAAUCUAAACUACAGUGCUCUGGAAAUUUCUGUAACAUCAGAGCCUGGUAUUGAAUUGUGACUCAUUUACUUUUUUUUCUUAUUAACCUUCUGAGGUAGAGUUACCAAUCCAAUUUUAUCAGGACCAUAGUUAUCUUGAGCUAAACCCCAUAAUCUUUUCAGAAAAUGAAAAUAACUUUGUAAAGAAAAGAAAAAAGGCUUUCCAGGCCAUGGCGCGUAAGAUACAUUUAUAAUUUUAAUGUAACAAUUAAAAAAUAAAAAUGGUUUGUGUUUAUAUUUUAAAAAACAGCCCAGCUGUAUUUCUCUGUCACCAAUAAUUGUUAUCUGAGGAUCCUGUCCAUGCUGAGUUUUAUACUUCAGCCCUCACAAUGCCGUCCUUGAGGAAGAGUUAUUUCCCUCCUGGUAUGCACAGUAUACUCACAGCUUUCUGCCUUGUCUUUCGAAGGCCCCGUCUAAGGCUUCCCUUAGAAGCGCCUCAUCUGAGCAGGAUGGGCACGAAGAAUGUAAUUCAUUCAAACAGACUCCCCCUCUUCUUCUGCCCCCUCCUUCCACAUUCCCCUCUUCUCAAAAACAUCUGAAGUAUGAAAGUUGUUUUUAGAUAGGAGAAGCACCACAAUCCAUUAACACCGCAUAGGGUCUUUAAACUCAAUAUUUUAGUGAUGUCUUGGACAUCAAAAUCGAUUUUUAAGGUGGAUUCCAAGUAUGUGGGUCCAGCCCAGGUCUGCAGUUUGUGUAGACAUAGAAACAAAAGUCAAAACAUUCAGAAAAGGUUAACCUGCUGACUUUAAAAUAAUGCUGGAAAUCAAUUUUUUUUUUUUUUUCGAAGAGUUGGCAAGCAUGGGCUAUUGGGUCAGAAUAGGAAUUAAAUGGAUUUAUAAAAUCGUGAACAAACAAAUCCAAGUUUAUGUGUUGUGAAAUUUCCAUGGUUCUUUUAAAACAGAUAGGCUGCUCAUAAUUUUUUUAUGAUGCUAGAUCGCUCAAUUUUUGAUGGAAAAAGAAUACAGAUGGACUGUGUUUUACCUAUGUGAAAAUCACCAAUCCAUUUAAAAUAAAAUCCAAGAGGGUAUAUACAUUCUAAUCAAGUCAUUGAUUAUUUUCCUGAUUAAUAAGAACUACACUUUACACAAAAUACUUUAUCAGCAGCUGUUUUCAUCAAAAACCAAUAGUCAUAGUUUCACAGUUGAAAAAAUUACACAUUAAAAUAUUUUACAAUUCAUUGUAUAUUCACCAGGUUCCCAUUUCCUAAAGGGCUUAUAAUAUAAAGCAGAUUAGAAGGGAAAACCUCAAAGUUGAUUACUUUGACACUGAGUUUUACAGAGGACACUAAGAACCACAAAAAGCUUAGGUUCUAUCAGAAAAUAGUGACCAAAUUCCAUUCUUCUUUAAAAAAAUCCAAUUAGAAACAUCUUUUUUAAAAACCAAAUUCUACAAUAUGAUUAACAGAUUUCAAAUUAACAGCAGUCUAAAAAUCUUCAAAAUAAAUGAUUCUGUAUAGCUGAGAAUAUGAUAAAAAGUUAAAACAUGAUUUUCAGAUUAUAUCUUACUAGAAUGUGUUUAAAAUUAGGUUUUAUUUUCUUUAGGUUCUUUAAACCUGCUUGGUUUUUUUUUUUCCCUCCGAAAGUCAUUGAAGGAAGUUAUUUCUCAAGUGACCAAAUGAGACUGUCGAGUCAACAGUGGGUUAUACCACAUUCAGUGACAAGAAUGGUCGGCCACAGGAACUGACCAAUCCAUUGGGGGGGGGGGGGGUGACCAGACACUCCACUACCUGGAAACGGCUUACCGUUGACUUGACAUCUUAGUCACCCCAUGUAGCAUUCAAUUCAAUUUUUGGUUCUUUGCCUUCUGAGCACUACCUGGCCUUUUUUUCUUAUUUUUAAUGUUGUUUGCUUAAACUCCGCUUGGAUUUGUUUAAAACUUACUUUGCUUUUAGCGAAAUCACUUAACCUAUAGAAUCUUAAUUCUUAGUAAAAUUUGUCUACGCUUCUUCAAACAGAAUUAACUUGGUUGUAAUAACUAUUGAAAAUAAAUGUAAAUGAUGAAAUAAGCUGUGUGGCUUGUGUUUUAAUGGUGGAGAGGUCCCGGGGGAAGGGAACUAUCUGGGCUCAUGUGAGAAAUGCACAAAUUAUAUACAUUUUGUGCAAGGAAGCUCAAAGCUUUUUUGGCACUCGGG